AUGGAGGCCUUCUUCGUCCUGCACAACGGCUCGACCGAGGCGGAGGCCGACAAAAGUCGCCCCGCGAGGGAGAAGCCGGCGGAGGACCCCGCACGGCAGGCCGGGGGCGCGGCGGAGGCGGCGCCGACGCAGCCCGCAGGCGCGGCCAGAGACGUCUUCCGGGACCAGGCCGAGCAGUCCGCAGUGGAGAGCUCGCGCUUCGGGCAGUUCUGCAAGAAGCACCGGAGACCCCUGAAUGCCCUGGUGAAGCAGACCCCCGGGCUGCUCUCCAAGUCGUUCGCGCCCCUUGUGCGGCACAUGCCCCUCUGCCUGGACUUCGACAACAAGCGGGCGUACUUCCGCUCGCAGCUCCGGUCGCGGCGCCUCGAGAGCCGCGCGGAGACCAUCCGCCUGCGCGUGCGGCGCGGCGAGAUCUUCAUGGACUCCUACCACCAGCUGAGGGCGAGGUCUGGGGAGGAGAUGCGGGCGAAGAUCCAGGUCCAGUUCCAGGGCGAGGAGGGUAUCGACGCGGGCGGCGUCGGCAAGGAGUGGUACAGCGCCCUGGCAAAGGAGAUCUUCAACCCCAACUACGCCCUCUUCGUCCAGGCGGGUGGCAAGGCGUGCACCUACCACCCGAACCCCAUGUCUGGCGUGGUCAACCGCGACCACCUCCAGUUCUUCCGUUUCAUCGGCCGGGUCAUCGGGAAGGCGAUCCAUGAUGGACAGAACCUGGAGGCCUGGUUCACUCGCGGGUUCUACAAGCACAUGCUGGGCCAGAAGGUCAUACCCGUGGACCUGGAGGCAUUCGAUCCAGAGUACUUCUCCAACCUGAAGUGGAUGCUGGACCACGACAUCACAGACAUUAUCGAGCUCAAUUUCGCCGCCGAAAGCGACGAGUUGGGUCAGCAGAAGGUGGUGGACCUGAAGCCGGGCGGGCGCAAUUUGCCAGUGACGAACGACAACAAGCACGAGUACAUCCAGCUCGUGGCGGAACAUAAGAUGACGGACUCGGUGCGCCAGCAGAUCGACGCGUUCUUGAAGGGCCUUCACGAGAUCGUUCCUGCAGAGCUCAUUUCCCUGUUCGACGACAAGGAGCUCGAGCUCCUCAUAUCAGGGCUCCCGGACAUAGACAUCGAGGACAUGCGUGCCAACACCGAGUACCACAAUUACACCGCGCAGUCCGAGCAGGUGCAGUGGUUCUGGAAGGUCCUGAGUGAGUUCACGCAGGCUGCGCAGUCCGAGAGUGUCUCCUCGGGCAGCAGCCGCCGCUUGGCCGCGCGGGGGCUGCCGCGGCGCUCGGACGGAGAGCUCGCGCACGCCAGGCACCCGACCGGCCCGGCACGGGCCAGGCUCUGCUCCGAGAGCUUGCGCGAUGGAGGCCUCCUCUGCCGCACGGGCGGGGAGGUCUGCGAGCAGUUCCCAACUCGGACCGGUCCUCAAAGUCUGCAACGGUGGCAGCUCGCGGACUUCAUCCUCGCUGAGGCGCUGCAGCCGCCCGCGGAGAGGUUCCACGAGCAAGGCGGCCACUGCGACGGCAGCGCCGACCACUUUGGCGCUGACGACAGGACCAUCGACGGGGCCAGUGACACCUUCGUCAAGGCAUGGCUGCAGUGCCACGGACAGGCUUUUCCAGAUGCCAUCGUUGGGGACCUCUACGCCUUCGACCCGAUCGGACGCGAGGCGGUCGCCGGGCACAAGAGACGUGCUCGACUUCAGGCGGCCGUGCUCGGCGGGGACGAGGACGAGGCCAUGGACGCUGAGGAAUGGGUCUACGCUGACCUCGAGGACCCAGCGUUCGGGACGCUCGUCGCCGCCGAUGUCCUCGAGGGGGACGAGUUCGUGGAGCUGGGCAACCGCGGCCUGGUGCGCCGUGAAGGUACAGCUCGAGGGGUCGAGAAGGUUGGACGUGCUCGACUGGGCGAGUGGGCUGAGCAGCGUCGUGUCGGCGCUGAGGACAUCAGGAGUCUGGGCGUGCACACAGCAGCGGACGGCACACGUCACCUCGGGUGGCCAGACGCCGUCGGCAUGCUGCGCGAGAGUGACAUGCCGGAGUGGAAGUUCGAGGGGCCACGAGUGUGCAAAGAACUGGCCGCCUCGAUUCGAGAAGGAGCAGGAAACCCGACUUCGUACCACGCCGAGUGGAUCAGGCUGUCGGGGGUCAACCAGAAUAGCGCCAUCGCCUAUGAGCACAAGAACGCCAUGGAGAUGUUGCGUGUGGCCACCAGCACCGACCAGGUCGACAUCAGCAACCUGGCCUCGUUCGAGCUUCUCGCGAGGCGGGUCGUCAUGCUGGAGAUGGCGGUGGCGCGAGACCCCCGGGAUCCCGACUUCAGUGGGCUCGGAGUCAUUGCUGACGGCGCUGUGGGGACCGACGGGGCUGCGCGAGCGCCGAGGUUCCGCACCUGGGUGUCGGACCGUCAGAAGGAGAGGGCGAACAUCCUCAAGCAGUCGAGGUUGUACAAGGAGGAGACCAGGAACGAGCGGGACCUGUACGGUCAAGAGCCACGUCACCUUGCCAGUUAUGAUCCAGCCAAGCUGCGAGUGGCCAAGGGAGUGGUGGAACCCAAGGAUGCGAGAGCGCUGCUACCACCUCAUGCAGCGCAGAGGCUCCGACGCUACAAGACGUGCAUCGAGCUGUCCGCCGAGGAGAUCGAGGCCAAGUUCGCCUCCGAGCCCUCGCCCAAGCCCUACUGGGAUCCCGUGCUGCGGCGCAACAAGCGAGCCCGGCACGAGCUCUUCGAGCGCCUCCUCUCCUCGGGCAUCCUGGUGCCCAGGAGGCGGCUCAAGGGCCGCAUCGGGCUCUUCUUUGUCAAGAAGAAGGAGGGGGCCAUCCGCCUCAUCGUGGACGCCCGAUACCCGAAUGCCUGCCACAAGCCGCCGCCCACCACGCAGCUGGGGACCGCGCAGUCCUUCGCGGAGCUCAACCUGGCCGAGUUCGCGGAUGUGGCGGCGGAGAUGGCGACUCAUUGUGUUCUGCCUGGUGCUGGGGGUGUCCCAGCUUUGGACUUCCACCAGAGUGGCGCUGACGUGCGCGACGGCUUCUACCAGUUCAGCAUCGUCGAGGUGGCCGACUGGUUCGGUAUCGACGAGUCGUUCAGCAAGGGGAGUUUUGGCAUCACCAAGGUGUUCGACCCCGAGCUGGGCGUGGACGUGGAGCUGGCCACGCACGAGUCCUUCUACCUCUGCAUGGGGGCCAUGCCCAUGGGAUGGUCGUGGGCCCUCUACUUCUGCAACGAGGCGGUGGCUUCUCGCGCGGCGGCUGUGGCCGCUGAUGGUUGGGGUGGCUUGCUCCGAGAGCGCGCUCCGGCCCCCCGCCUGGUCCCUGGGCGGCCCGUCCACGCCGUGUACGUGGACAACCACACGGGGCUGGGGCACAGCGCCAUGGACGCAGAGCAGGCCCACCAGGACUUCCGCGCGCAGUGUGCCGCCUUCGGCCUCGAUCUCCACGAUGAGGUCCCCUGCAGCCCCUAUCUCGAGGCUCUCGGGCUGCAGUUUGACGGGCCGGGCCGCCGCCUGCGGCAUCGAUCGGCCCGCCUCUGGCGCUUCAAGCUGGCGACUGCAGCCCUGAUUCGCCGCCGUGUGGUGGCAGGUUGGCAGCUCGAGAUCCGGUUGGGCCACGCCGUACACAUGUGCGGCCUCUGCCGACCCCUUCUGUCUAUCCUGUCCCAGAGCUACGCCUACGUCGCGGCUCACAAGGAGAGGUCAGGACGCUUGUGGCGAGGCGUUCGGCGUGAGCUCUGGCUCAUGUCCAACCUGGUCUUCACCUGCGAGGUGGAGCUGGACGCGCCGUUCAACUCGUCGGUCUACCUCGGCGACUCGUCGGGCUACGGCUACGCUCUCAUGGAGACGAAGGGCACAGGCGACGAGCUGCUGGAGGACUUCAAGUGGAGGGAGCGCUGGAGGUUCAAGGCCGCGCCGCCGCUGCCUCCGCCGCCGCACCCGACCUUGGAGGCGUUGGGGGCGGCUUUCGGGGUCUGCUUUGACGGCGACGAUCCCGAGCAGCUGGAGGCGUUCGGGGAGCCCCACGUCGUGGGGAGGACCGCCUGGGAGCCGCUGGGGGCUCGGACGCGCCUGGCGCAGUGGGCCGCCGAGGCAGCCCGCGCAGCCGAGGUCGGGGCCGAUCCCAAGCGGCGCAGACGCCGGCGAUCGGCCCGAGGGGCCGCGCAGCGGGAGGAGGUGGAAGUGUUCGAGGCCAUCCCCGUGGUCGGCGCCUGCUGGGACAAUAGGCGGCGCUGGCGUACGCUGGUGGAGGGCUUCUGGCACUGGAAGCAGGAGCACAUCAACGUCAAGGAGGCUCGGGUCUGUCUCAUGGGUCUCCGACGUAGCUUGCGGACUCGACGGGGCUGCCACCGCCGGCUCCUCACCCUGUCGGACAACCUCGUGUCCGCCGUGGUGUUCGACCGCGGCCGCUCGUCGAGCUGGGCGCUCAAUGCGCUGUGCCGCCGAGCCGCGGCCUAUCAGGUUGCCGGCUGUGUGGCGUGGCGGGUCCGCCACAUCCGCACGGACAGGAACCACGCGGACGAGGGCUCCCGUCGUCCCCGAGCCCCGCGAGUGCAGGUACCCACGAGACUUGAGGGCGGGGCGCCCGCGGCCUCUCUGCGGAGGGGAGGCCGCCGCCUGGGCGCGCCUCGACAUCAUGGCGCGCCCCAGGCGGUCCAAGCCUCGCUCGAGCUCUUCUCGGGCUCAGGCCGGCUCACCGCCUCUCUCCGGCGCCUGGGGCUGCGAGUCCUGCCAGGCGCCGAGAUCAGGCGCUCCGCCAGAUAUGAUUUGUCACGUCGCACGACGCAGCGAGCUGUGCUGCGUUGGAUUCGGAGUGGGAAGCUCUGGUACGUACAUCUGGGGACAGCAUGCUCCGCCUGGUCAGUCGCCCGCUCCACGCCUUAUAACAUCGAGCGGGCGCGGCGGUUGGAGGCAGUGUCUGUCGACAUGGCGCUCUUCACAGCGGAGGUCAUCAAAGAGUGUGACCGCUGUGGCGUACUGUGGUCGCUGGAGAAUCCUGCCAGCUCGAAGUUGUUUCGCUUCGAGCCCCUUGCUGUCCUUGCCAGCCUGCCAGACGCCCGAUACGUCUCGUUCGAUCUUUGUGGAUUCGGAGAAAAUGUUCGCAAACCGACCACCAUCUUCACCAAUGCCAUCUGUCUGGACAUCCUGGGGAGAAGAUGUGAUGGGUCACACCGCCAUGAGCCUCUGCAGGGUGGGCUCAAGGCUGGAGCCUACUCGCCCGCCCUCUGCCGAGAGUGGGCUGCCGCGCUAUGCUCGGCGGCGUCUCCUCAGGCCUUCGGCGACUCCGAGCCGCUCGCCUCCGAGUGGGGCGCGGAGCUGGAGGCGCUGGUGCCGCGGUCGCAUGGUGCUGCAGCGAAACUCGGGGAGGCUCACGGCGGGACUGACGCCGAGAGCCGCGGGCAGGACUUCCUCGCGCGCCACGCCGUCGAGUUCGGCGGCGCGCGGGGUCAUCAAGGCGGCCCUGAGGAGAAGGAGCGGCUGGCGGUGGCGCGCAGGGCGCGGGUCCCGCCAGCGGCGCGCGACGACUUCCUGCGGCUCGGGACCAUCCGUGACUCCACGAAGCGGCUCUACUCCGACGCGCUCGGCAGGUUCAAGGGCUGGGCGAAGUCGAGGCACUACGACCUGGGUAGCUUCAGCUCCACGGACUCGGCGAUGGAGCAGUACUUCACCGACCUGUACUUCGAGGGGUCUGGUCCCGCCGAGGGCCGCAACGUCCUCUACGGCUAUAUUCACUUCGAGACGCACCUGGAUCGGAACAAGGCCAACCUCUUCCCGAAGGCGUCGAGGGCGCUUCGAGGGUGGACCACUCGGGCUCCCCAGCGAGUCCGUGAUCCCAUCCCCUUCGGCGUCGUCUGCCUGAUCGGCCUCUACCUCCUGGACAAAGGCCUGACCGCCGCCGCCGUGUGCCUGGCUCUGCAGUUCGACUGCUACCUGAGGCCGGACGAAGCUGUGUCGCUCCUCCUGUCCUCGGUGCUGCCGCCUGCUCCCCGGGCUGGCCGGCGUUACGCGCGGGCCUGGGCGCUGCUCCUGGGCGAGGCCGAGCACGCAGCGCCCACCAAGACUGGGGUCGUGGAUGGGACAGUGGUGAUCGGUGAGCUGCAGCGAGCCUGGGUGGCGGAGGCGGUAGGCCUUUGGUACCGCGUGGGCAGUGCAGCUCCCUACAUGUUCGACCUGACUCUCUCCAAGUAUGAGGAGGCGGGCUGCCCAGCGGCGGCGGCGGCGGCCGCCUCGGGCUCGCGGGCGGGGCCCUCCGCGCCGGCCGACCCCGCCCGCGGCGAGGCACCAGCAGAGUCCCAGUGA